CCCCCACCCUCCUCCCUCUCCUCUUUCUCUCGUCCAAACUCCCGGCCACCCACGAUGUCGAAGACGCUGGCAGAACUUACGGACAAGUUCCUCAGCGGAUUCGAAGGCUGUGCGAUCAUGGAGGUCGUGGACAGCUUCCGGAGCAAGAAGCCCCUGGUCGAGAUGAUGUCCUUUCUCCUGGGGCUUCCCGAGGCCCACCUGCACCUCACGCCCGCAGAGUGCCGCUGGGAGGAAGAGAAGAAUGCGAACGCCGCCGAGCACUACCGCGCUCUAGGCAAUGCGCUUUACGACCGGAGGCUCACUGCCCAGGCGCUGCAGAUGUUCAGCACGAGCAUCCUGCUGGCGCCCCAUCCUCCACGGCGCCCGUACCCCGCUGCCGGCGAGAAGGAAUCGCUCGGAGGGAGCGAGACCCCGUUCCCGCCCUUUUCGACGGAAGAGGAGGAGGAAGACGAAGGGAAACAGGUGUUGUCUCUGGCCUACGCGAACCGGUCGGCGAUGCUGCUGGAGCUGAAGCGAUACCCCGCUUGCCUCAGGGACAUUGGCCUCGCCCUCAGGUUCGGCUACCCGAAGCGCCUGCGGUAUAAGCUGGUCAGCAGGUGGGCCAGGUGCCUCAUAGCGCUCGACAGGGAAAAGGAGGCCGUGGCGCUUCUGGACGCCGCUCUCGAGGGCCUGGGAAGCCUCCCCUGCGACGAACUGACCCUCGCCAAUGCCAAAGUGUCUCUCCUGAUGGUUCGCCAGCUGUGCAGGAAGGCCGCGUCUUCCUCAAAGGGCUCCCCGUCCUUUUCUCUCAGCGCUCCUGCCCUCGCCAAGGAAAGGGAAUUCAAAGUCCCCAAACUGAAGAAUGAAAACCGGUCCGCGCCAGCCUUGAGCAGCGCCGUGAAGGUGGCUUACACGCGCGCAAAGGGGAGACACCUGGUGGCGACGAGGGACAUCAAUCCAGGGGAGUUGCUGUGCGUGGAGAAGAGCUUCGCAACCGUUCUCGACUCAGAGGUUACGGGAAUAUGCUCGCAUUGCCUCGCAGACCAUAAGGGUAUUGUCAUACCCUGUCCGGAGUGUACGGUGGUUAUGUUCUGCAGCUUGGAGUGUCAACAGGAAGCGCUGUCGAGUUACCACCGGGUCGAGUGUCCGAUAGGCCCCAACUUGACCGGCCUCGGCCUCCCCGCACACGUGCUCCUGGCCUUGAGGAUCGUCACCAAGAUGUCCUUCAAGAAACUGAAGAAGGCUGACCUGCAACUCCGCAAGGAAGUCGAGACGCGCAAGCCGGCGACGCUCGGGCUCAACGGCGAGGAUAAAUACGUGUCGAGUUACCGCUCCGUGUAUCACCUCAACACCAACCAGGCACAGCGGCCGGACCUCGAUCUCUUCAACGCCUGCGUCGUGGCCUUCGUCCUCCUGAAACUCCUGCAGAAGAGCGGGCGGUUCUUCUGCGGCGAGGAGGGUCAGCCCUGCACGCCCUCGCACGAGGACCUGGUGCUCGUGGGAACCGCUCUCUGUUCUCACGUACUCAGGGCGACUUGCAACGGACUCACCAUCAUGAAUCAUACGCGUGUGUUAGAGAAGACCCUUCACGUCGAGAUCGGCCUUGGCUUAUUCCCGACGCUGAGCCUGGCAAACCACUCCUGCGAUCCGACGGCCACUGUCCUUACUUACCAAACAGGAAGUCUGAUGAUGUCUUUAAGUUUCAUUCAGAAAGGAGGCGAAGUGACCCGCUCCUAUGGGGUUUCCCACCUACACAUGGAAAGGAAGGAGCGGAGGGCGCUGCUGCAAGAAGGCUACCACUUCCUGUGCGAUUGCAGGGCUUGUAAAGGCGACUGGCCACUGUUCAAAGACAUUUCUAACAGUCUGACCCUUAUUUGCCUGAAAUGCUCCCAGCCCUUGUGUCCUCUGAGUCUCCAGUGCAGGAACUGUAAGAUCGACUAUAACAAACCUCUGACAAAGAAGGAAGCCAAGGUGUCCAACCGGUAUUUCUGGAUGGAAAUCUUGCAUAAGGUAGAAACUGCGAAGCUAGAAUUCGCGUUUUCUGCCAACCCGCCUGUAAAUUACGAUGAAGAUGAGAAAAAGGUCAUUUGCGAUAUGUUGCGAUUGUUGGCCAAGUACACUAAACAUCCCACGAAGAUUGUGCAUGCUGUUAGAAAUUCGCUAGACCUUUGGUUGAUGUUCUGGGCACCCGCCAACUACUUCCGGUAGUCUUCCGUUGUGAAUAUUUCCUUCCUUAUGCCUUGCAGGUCAACCAGGGAUCCGAACAGGUAGAUUGUGACGAAACCCAUUAAGACUGAAACCAGCACUCCUAUGGCCACGAUGUAAGCAAGGGACGACCUGAACUUGUUUAUCGGAGGCCCCUUUCGAGAUAGUGCGAUCCGAUUGCUUUCCUUGGGUAUUGAGAGACAAAAUUCGAUGGGAGUAUGUUUUUUUUUUCACCAUUAUUACAGAUAAAUUGUCUGUACAUAAUCACUGUGUCAGAUGGAUUUGUCAUUUUGUCAGUUUCAAAUGAAUUACCUGUACCUGGUUUCUGUUUCAAAUUAAUUGUAUGCACAU